CUCCCAGAAUGCCUCGCAUGGAAUCGGAAGUGAUUGUAGCUUAGUGCGCUGGGAAGUUUAGCAAAGGAGAAGCGUGUGUAGGAGUGCGGACAGGGGACCCAGUCAUGGCCCAUGUAUGCCUGAUAUCUAGAUGCAUAAAGUAUUUACACAUGGGCCAGUUGGCCUGGAGUUCCAAGUUACUUUGCAGAACAACUUUCUUCAGAUCCUCUUCAGUGUCACUGACAUCAUGUCAAGGCUGUUCUUAUCUCUUUCUUCAUCAUCGAAGCAAAGCACCACUUCCUCUAAUGAAUCAGAUUUAUUUCUCUUCAUCUCCUCCUCUCUUAGCCGGGAUCAGUAACACUGAGAAGUUCACGAUGAUUUAUAAGUUUCCAGGAAUAAAGUACUGCCGAGCUGUUUCUCGUCUAAAGCUUCUUCAGACAGCACUGACUGCUAUAUUCCUUCCGCCCAUGUAUUAUUACUAUAUUCAAGGUCAGGUCACAUAUUUAUGGGUUGUGUAUUCUACUGGCACAGCACUGUUUGCAGGUCUUAUGCUGUACUGCCUGAGUUUCUACCUCAGAAGAAUUAUUGGGAUGAUAUAUUUAAACACAGCAGGCACCACCUUAAAAGUUUCCCAUCUGACAUUUUGGGGAAAGAGGAAGGAUCUUUAUAUUCCAAUUGAUGAUGUGAAAGCACUCUCAGAGACUGGAGACCACAGACGUGAAACUAUCCUCCAGUUCAAACGAUAUAGUAGCUCAGACACACUGUAUUUUACUUCUCAGUUUGGAAUCAUUUUGGACAAAGAGAAGUUUAUUAGACUGUUUGGAGCUAUAAAAUGUAUAGACGAUUUGAAGUAAUUAAAGUGCAAGUUAGCCUAAAUAAAAAUAAUUAAAGUAAGUGCUUCAGUUUCCUGUUUGCUUGGAAAUAAAUUGAUAAUUUGCUUUUCUAUUGGUUGAUAAUAGUUCCUGCUUGGAAAUGCAGUAAAAUACACUCAGGCAGUAUACAAUGAUAUAUAGAUAUAUUUGCACACAUACAUACCCUU